AUGUCUGCUGAAGAGUUUAAAGCCCAGGGAAACGCUGCGUUCUCCGCCAAGGAAUACGAAAAAGCUGCCGAGUUGUUCACCAAGGCAAUUGAGGCCUCGGAAACGCCGAACCACGUACUGUAUUCCAACCGCUCGGGCGCCUAUGCCGCGAUGAAGAAGUACGACAGUGCUCUUGAGGACGCUCUGCAAACCACCAAGAUUAAUCCGCAGUGGGCAAAGGGAUACAGCCGUCUGGGUGCUGCUCACCACGGUCUGGGUGAUCUGGUCUCUGCCAAGGACGCCUACGAGCAAGCGCUGAAGGUCGAUCCGGCAAACGCCCAGGCAAAGGCCGGUCUCCAGAGCGUUGAAGACGCUAUUGGCCGUGAGGCCGCUGCAGACGGCCAGAUGCCGGACAUGGGUUUUUCUCAAAUGUUCAAGGACCCUCAAACCAUGGCCAAGCUCUACGAGAACCCCAAGACUCGCGAGUACCUCAAGGACCCCGAUUUCCAGCAGAAAAUCCAGGCCAUGGCCAGCAACCCCAUGGCUGCUCUGCAGAGCGCUACUCAGGAUCCUCGUCUGAUGGAGGCUAUGGGAGUCUUGCUUGGUAUCGACAUGCAGGCCUCUCCUGCUAACGCUGGCGAGAACGACACGUUUAUGCCUGACGCACCGGCCGAGGAAAAGCCCAAGCCCAAGGCCGAGCCCAAAAAGGAGCCCGAGCCCGAGCUGCCUAGCGAAAAAGUCGAGGCCGACAAGGAAAAGGCCCAGGGUAACGAUCUCUACAAGAACCGCCAGUUCGACGAGGCUAUUGAGCACUACAACAAGGCUUGGUCUCUGUUCAAGGAUAUCACUUACUUGAACAAUCGUGCUGCUGCCGAGUUUGAAAAGGGUGACUACGAAACCACUAUCAAGACCUGCCAGCAGGCCGUCGACGAGGGCCAUGAGAUGCAUGCUGAUUUUAAGCUGAUUGCCCGCGCUUUGGGCCGCAUCGGCAGCUGCUACCUCAAGCUCGACAACCUCAAUGAGGCCAUUAACUACUUUGAAAAGAGUUUGACCGAGCACCGCUCCCCCGAUGUCUUGACCAAGCUCCGGGAUACUCAGCGUGAGCUUCGCAAGCGCGAAGAGGAAGCCUACAUCGACCCCGUCAAGGCCGAGGAGGCCCGCAACGAGGGCAACGAGCUGUUCAAGAAGGCCCAGUUCCCCGAGUCCGUCAAGGCCUAUACUGAGGCCAUCAAGCGCGCUCCUGAAGACCCUCGCGGCUACGGUAACCGUGCGGCCGCAUAUCUUAAGCUUAUGAGCUACCCCGAGGCUGUCUCGGACUGCGACAAGGCCAUUUCACUGGAUCCCAAGUUCUUCAAGGCCUACACCCGCAAGGCCACUGCUUUGAACAUCAUGAAGCAGUACCGCAAGUCCAUGGAGGUGCUUGACCAGGCGCGCGAGGUCGACACCGAGGGCAAACACACCCGCGAGAUCGACGAGCUGGAGAACCGGGCCUACGAGGGCCGCUUCGCCUCUCUCCCUGGCGAGUCCGAGACUGCUCGGGCCGAACGGCUUGCUCAGGACCCCGAGAUCGACGAGAUUCGUCGCGACCCCGUCAUGAACACCAUUCUGCAGCAAGCGGCCAACGAUCCUGCCGCGCUGAACAACCACAUGCGUAAUCCAGAGGUUCGUCGCAAGAUCCGGCUGCUGGCAGCCGCUGGUAUCAUCCGCACUCGUUAA